CCACUUUAUUCAUCUUUGAUUUCCACAACCAAAAGCUGAAGAUCAUUAAGUCUUCUAGUUAAAAUGGCUGUCAUAAUUGCAGUCAUGAGCUCAAUUAUUUUGUUCUCAGCAGUUCCUUUAGGUAAUUCACUUAGCCUCAACCACUAUGAGAAGACAUGCCCUGAUCUGGAGUUCAUUGUUGCCAAGGUCGUGGGGAAAGCAGCUUCUAAGGACAAAACUGUUCCUGCAGCACUUCUUCGAAUGCACUUCCAUGAUUGUUUCAUUAGGGGAUGCGAUGCCUCAGUGCUGCUAAAAUCAAAAGGAAACAAAAAAGCAGAAAAGGAUGGGCCGCCAAAUAUUUCUUUGCACGCAUUCUAUGUCAUUGAUAAUGUGAAGAGCGAAGUAGAAAAGUCAUGCCCCGGUGUGGUCUCUUGUGCUGACAUCCUAGCACUAGCAGCAAGGGAUGCAGUUUUUCUGUCUGGAGGUCCAGCUUGGGAUGUACCUAAAGGAAGAAAGGAUGGUAGAACAUCUCUGGCCAGUGAAACCAGACAAUUGCCAGCACCCACCUUCAACAUAUCACAGUUGCUGCAGAGCUUCUCUCAAAGAGGUCUGUCGACAGAGGAUCUGGUCGCGUUGUCAGGAGGACACACUUUAGGUUUCUCUCAUUGUUCGUCCUUCCAAAACAGAAUCCACAAUUUCAAUGCUACGCACGAUGUGGAUCCUUCAUUAAAUCCGUCCUUUGCUGGAAAAUUGAAGUCAAUUUGUCCACUGAAAAAUCAGGCAAAGAAGGCUGGCACCACCAUGGACCCUUCUUCGGCUACUUUUGAUAACACAUAUUUCAAGGCAAUCCUCCAAGGGAAGAGCUUAUUUUCUUCUGACCAAGCUCUGCUUGAUACCCCAAAGACUAAGGAAUUGGUGACUAAGUUUGCUACCUCAAAAGAGGCCUUCUUCAAAUCUUUUGCCAAUUCGAUGAUCAAAAUGAGUAGCAUCAAUGGUGGGCAGGAGAUUAGGGAGAACUGCAGGGUUGUCAACUAGGAUAUCUAUCUUAGUGCUCUGUCUAAUUCAGGAUAAGCUACAAAUUUGAAAAUAAUCUGAAGGUAUGACAGCUGUAGAUCAUACCUGCAAGAUGUCAAGAAAUUGCUAAUCUCAUGAUGCUGAGAAAAGAUUUUUUUAUCUGGUUGUAAUGAAACUCAAGAUCUUUAAGAGCUAAUCUAUAAAUUGGUGAUAAUAUUUGCAUGUCUGGUCA